ACUAGCAUCUGGUUAAGCGCUCGUUCGAACGGAAUCCAACGUGUAGUUUCAAACUUCUAAAUAUAAAAACUUAGAUAUGCCUAUGAGACUGGAUAUAAAGAGAAAGCUUUUGUCUAGGUCUGACCGAGUGAAGUCAGUGGAUCUGCAUCCAACCGAACCAUGGAUAUGUGCUGCACUGUACAAUGGAAAUGUUCAUAUUUGGAACAUCGAAGCCCAACAAUUGAUAAAGACCAUAGAAGUUUGUACAAGCCCUGUGCGUGCUGUGAAAUUUGUGGCACGUAAGAACUGGAUUGUCACAGGCUCUGAUGACAUGCAGUUACGUGUAUUCAAUUAUAAUACCCUUGAAAGAAUUCAACAAUUUGAAGCACAUUCAGAUUAUAUACGAUCGAUUGCUGUACAUCCUACACAACCGUUUAUUCUCACUUGCUCAGAUGAUAUGCUUAUACGUCUGUGGGAUUGGGAAAAUAACUGGACGUGUGCACAGGUAUUUGAAGGACACAAUCAUUAUGUAAUGCAAUUAGUCUUCAAUCCAAAGGAUAACAACACAUUUGCUAGUGCUUCAAUGGAUCAUACUGUCAAGGUAUGGAGUCUUGGAUCAGGUACACCGAAUUUCACUUUGGAAGGUCAUGAAAGAGGAGUCAACUGUGUGGAUUAUUAUGCAUCUGGUGACAAACCUUAUCUGGCUAGUGGAUCAGAUGAUCGAACCGUUAAAAUAUGGGAUUAUCAAACCAAAGCAUGUGUACAGACUCUUGAAGGUCAUGCUCAAAAUAUCAGCUCAGUUUUAUUCCAUCCUGAAUUACCAAUUAUCUUAACAGGAUCUGAGGAUGGAACUGUACGAUUUUGGCAUGCAAAUACUUAUCGUUUAGAGUCAACACUAAAUUAUGGUUUGGAACGUGUGUGGGCAAUGACAUGUCAUAGAGGCAAACAAGUACUAGGUAUUGGUUAUGAUGAAGGUACAAUUGUAAUAUCAUUGGGUCGAGAUGAACCCGCCAUGUCUAUGGAUUCAUCUGGAAAGUUGGUUUGUGCUAGACAUGCUGAACUAGUACAAGCGAAUUUACGUUCGUUGAAUUUCAGUGGUGAAGGUGGUGAUACUAUUCAGGAUGGUGAACGUCUUCCAAUUACAUUUAAAGAUAUGGGUACAAGUGAAAUAUAUCCACAGACAAUUGAACACAAUGCCAAUGGACGUUAUGUAGUUGUUUAUGGUGAUGGAGAGUAUAUAGUUUAUACGGCUAUGGCAUUGAGAAAUAAAACAUUCGGUCAAGGCUUGGAAUUUGUUUGGUGUCAAUCAGACGCUGGAGUGUAUGCUGUACGAGAAAGUAAUGCUGUGGUUAAGGUAUUCAAACAAAUGAAAGAAUUGCGUACUUUUAAACUUGACUAUGGAGCUGAACAAAUAUUCGGUGGUCAAUUGCUGGGUGUACGCUCAUUGACUGGUUUAACAUUCUAUGAUUGGUUAACUGGACGAAUCAUUCGACGCAUAGAUAAUAGUCCAAAAGGUGUUUAUUGGAGUGAAUCUGGUCAACUGGUUGCACUAUGCACAAAUGAUGCCUUUUUCAUACUGCGUUAUUCAGCUGAUGCUGUGCCGGAUUUAGAUACACCAGUGAAUAAUACUCAUGAAGAUACAGAUGGUUAUGAAAAAGCUUUUCAACUUGUACCAAAUGGUGAAGUCAAUGCACAAGUUCGUAAUGGUCGUUGGUUCGGUGAUGCAUUCAUAUUUACAACACAGACAAAUCGUUUGUGCUAUUAUGUCGGUGGUGAAGUUGUCACAUUGGCCUUAUUAGAUCGUCCAAUGUAUCUUUUGGGAUAUUUGGCUAAAGAAAAUCGUCUAUUUCUAGGUGAUAGAGAUUUACAGAUUGUUAGCUACACUCUACUGUUGAGUGUUCUAGAAUAUGAAACUGCAGUGAUGCGUGGUGAUUUUACAACAGCUGAUUCAAUCCUACCGAAUAUCUCUAAAGAUCAGUAUACAAAGAUUGCUCAAUUCCUGGAGAAACAAGGCUAUCGUAAACAAGCUAUGCGUGUAACAACAGAUAUGGAUCAUAAAUUUGAAUUAGCUCUACAAUUAGGUGAAUUUGAAUUAUGCCAACAGAUUGCAAUGGAAGGUGAUCCGAAGACAAAUGAGAAUAAAUGGAAACAGUUAGCUGAAGCUGCUUGUAAAGUUUGCAAAUUUAAAUAUGCUGAAGAGUAUUUAUCACAUACAGAGGAUUAUGCUAGCCUUAUGCUAUUGGCAACUAGUUCUGGAAAUCGAAAAUUACUCGAGUGGAUUGGUAAACAGGCAGCGGCAAAAUCAAAUGAUAAUAUCGCCUUUUUAGCACGUUUUCUAACAUCCGAUUUGGAAGGUUGUCUUGAGCUGUUAACAAGUGCAAAACGUUAUCCUGAAGCGGCAUUCUUUGCUCGUACCUAUUUACCAAGUUGUAUGCCGGAGAUAGUUGAACAAUGGCGUGAUUGGUUGGAUAAAUCGAAUAAAGCCAGUACUAAGAUUGCUAAUUCUUUAGCUAAUCCAAAAGAUUAUCCGAAUUUAUUCCCUGGUCUUGAGGAGGCUUUAUCCACUGAAAAAUGGUUAAAACACGAUAGACAAGCACGUUCCAGACUGCCAGCUUCCACGUAUCCAUCUCAAGUCUUGCCAGGUGAUCGUGAUCUAUGCGCUGAAAUGCAAAAUCAUCUCUCCGUCUCCAACACCAACUCCUUCAACUUACCUGAUGAUGAACCGUUAGUCAGAAUAUCACCUGUUGAAGCUAAAGUGCCUACAAUUCCUAGUGUCAUAGGUGCUGCUGCCGCAACCGCUACUGCUGCUGUGGGUGCGACUGCAUUAAAUCUUUCUGAAUCACAACCAUUACAACCGUUACAACAGCAACAACAGCGCAGCAUUUCACCAGUUAGUCAAACAGUAGCACAGUGUAACAGUAAUAAUAUUAAUAAUGAGAAUGUUAUUCCUAAGAAUAAAGAAAAUGUGCCGGCAAACAGCAACGAUGAUGUUGAUGAUGAUGAUGACGAUGUUGAUUCAGUGAAGCUAAUUGGCGAUGAAGAGGAGGAGGACGGUGAUGAAGACGAGGAAGAGGACGAAGGAGAAGACGGAGAAGAGGAAGAUGAUGAUGAUGAACAAGAGGAUCUUGAAGCAGAACACGUGGAAUCAUGGUACGACGAUGAUGAUGAUGACGAGGAAGACGACAAUGAUGAUGUUGUUGGAGACAAGAAGGCGGCGCCGGUGAGCAGUACUGGUUUACAACAAGGGAAAAAAGUCGAAAAGUCUACAAAGUGAAUAGAUGAAUAGCAGUGACAGUAGGCCAUAUAUGGGAAUGUAUUGUGAUCACUUUUUUCUUUCUUUAUUUGUUUGAUUGUUUUUUUUGUUUUAAUAUCUUGCUCUACUUUCUUUCCAUUUGAUGACUUCUUACAAUGUGAAGGUUAUUUGGCUAUUAAUUUUUAGUACAUUUAUAUAUAUAUAUAUAUUAAAUUCUGUA